AUGAGGGCCGCGUUCCGGGUCCAUGGAGCCGCGCGAGGCCGCCCCUCCCCCGCCGAGGUCAAGCACCUCCUGGAGACGCCGUUCGGGGUCGUGCACGCCUGGACCUCGGGGAGCCCCCGGCCCGGCCGCCCCGCCCUGCUCACCUUCCCGGACGUGGGCCACACCCACGUCACGUGUUUCUCGGCGCUCUUCUCCCACCCCGAGAUGGCCGAGAUUUCCGGAAGCUUCCACCUGGUGCACCUGGAGCCGCCCGGCAUGGAGGAGGGGGCGCCGCCCUACCCCCCCGGGUACCAGUACCCGUCCCUGGAGCAGCUGGCCGAGGCCCUCCCGGGGGUCCUGCAGGGCCUGGGGAUCCGCAGCAUCGUCGGGGUGGGGGUGGGGGCCGGGGCCUUCGUGCUGGCCAAGUUCGGGCUGCUGCACCCCGAGGCCGUGGAGGGGCUGGUGCUGCUCAACCUGGAGGCCAAAGCCAAGGGCUGGAUGGACUGGGCCGCCAGCAAGCUCUCGGGGCUGCGGAUGUCGACGAACGAGAUGAUCCUGAGCCACCUCUUCACCCAGGACGAGCUGGCGGCCGCCCCUCCCCCGUGGGGCGUGUCCGGGAGCACCUGGCGGGCCACGCCCAACCCCGCCCUGCUCUGGAGCAUGUACACCAGCCGCGGCGACCUGGGCCUGGAGCGGAGCGGGGCCGGGAGCCUGCGCUGCCCCGUCCUGCUGGUGGUCGGUGACUCCGGCCUGGCGGGAGGGGGGGCGUGGCCUUGUGGGCGUGCCCGCCCUGACCCCGCCCCCCCUCUCCUCGGCCACGCCCCCCCAAAGGUGGAGUGCAACGCCAAGCUGGACCCGACGCAGACGUCGUUCCUGAAGAUGGCCGACGGGGGCGGGCAGCCGCAGAUCGCCCAGCCCGCCCGCCUGACCGAGGCCAUCAAGUACUUCCUGCAGGGCAUGGGCUACAUGGCCGCCGCCGCCAUGACGCGCCUGUCCCGCUCCCGCACCGGCUCCGUGGCCGAGCCGAGCGCGGCCCGCAGCCGCACCCUCAGCGCCGGGGGCGGGGCCGCCACGCCCCCCGCCCCGCCCCCCCGACGGCCCCUUGAGGCUCCGCCCACCCUCCCCUGA